UUAAACUACAUUUUAGUAUAAGUGACUCUACAAACAAACUCUAAGCAAAUGACAAAGAGUAACUUUAAACACACACGUAACUUACACGUAAACAGUACUUAUACAGAAAUAUAAGCCAACUAACGUUGGGGAUGUCACGGUCAAGAAAUUGUCAGACUGGUAUUUGUAACAGGCCGUCUCGUUGCCACCCUCCAACGGUGCUAUUUGGGAGACAGUCUUCGCCUUCGCUGAUGGUAUGAACAAAAACUUCUGUCCUCAGGUGCUAUAGCGACGGAGAAUGUUUGAAAUUUUACCGCGACGGCGCUGCUAGACUCCUUCGGUCCCCACGGAUUGAGGUUGAAUCCGGGGUUACCAAUAUGAAACGCGAAUGUAGAUACCUCUAUAUAAAGUUACGAGCAUGAAAGUUACCAAAUAUGGAAAAAAAACGUAAUAAAUCACUUACCACAGGUGUGAAUCACUCAUUUUGCGCACUACCCCAAUCUCGACUGUUGAAAAUCCUCCCGCCAUUGUAGAUUUGAAAUUUACAGCAAUAUUCUGUACAUUUGAGUUAAUCAGUCACGUGACUCCAGAAUGAAUUGCACUUAUUCUGUAUUAUUUAAAAAACAAUCAGCUUCUGUAAAAUAACGCUGUAGUUUUAACAGCAAUUCGUUACAGUGAAGUGUGAAAAGACAGUACUGUGUAGAACACAACUGAGUUUCACUGAUAAACUUCAGUUUAUGCUGUUAUGUUUCCAGAGCCUAACCAUAUUGCAUUUUUGUGCAUGCUCCUGCUCUUGCACGUGCUGCAAAGUAUACGGUAAUCUGCUAGUCUACGGUGCCACUUGUGUACAGACCUGUGCAUGAAGACUUACUUUUGUGGAUUUUGUUUUGUUAGGCCAUCAUAUAUAGGCUGGCUGUGUUGCAGAAGAAAAUUGAGCACUCUUCUUUCUUUGGCCCAAGUAAGACUAGAUAAAGUUGAGGGAUUAAAUUUUCCAUUCAUAAAGACUUUGUUUAGUCUUUUUAAAUUUUGAUUCUGAAUUAAUCAGUGUUUUGAACCAAUCCGAUUGAUGACUUGAUUAAUUGAAUAUGAAAAUAAUUCAAAUUAUAUAUUUAUAAUUAUACAUUUGAAGUAUUCAUUGCAUAGCAUUAUUCAUGUAUUUUUAAUUUCAGUCUAAAAGUGCAAUCAUGCUACCUCGGAGUAAAACAAACUCUUGAUUUUAAAGAUUAAAACAAUUAACUCUAAUGUAAACGAUAACAUGGAUAGUUGGAGUAGACCAUUUCUUAUUUGGAUCAUCAGAAAAUGUAUUGGCUCCACACCAACGCGCAUAAUCAAAUGUAAUUACAGAAAAGAAUUUCCAUGAUUUAGCUGCGUGGUUGCGAAUGCGUUAAAAACCUUUUUGCCCUUUUUUGCUCCGGUUUCACACCAUUAGUUAGGUCUCGAAAAUACAAAAUACACCUCCGUGUUAACAGCGCCACUCAAUGGCUAAAAAUUGAAAUAACAUCCUAUAACACAGUUUUGCUCCUACAAUAUCCAUCCAUCCAUCCAUCCAUUUUCUACCGCUUAUCCGAACUGCCUCGGGUCACGGGGAGCCUGCGCCUAUCUCAGGAGUCAUCGGGCAUCAAGGCAGGAUACACCCUGGAUGGAGUGCCAACCCAUCGCAGCUCCUACAAUAUGUUUUUAAUAUAUUUUCUUUUUUUUAAAGUCCUAUAAAAAAGGAUACUGAGGGGAUUUAAAAAUUGUACAUUUAUUUAUAAUUUGUUGCCAAUAUUAGUUAUUAAUGAAAUUGCACAAAGCAUAACAGCAUAUAUUCGUCCUGUAUAGCUAUAAAUUACAGGUGAAUUCAUUAGCAAACCCUUUCUCUAUCAGACAAUAUUGUAUUUUACUCAAAAAGGGCAUUAGAAAGCAACAUUGAAUAAAGCAUAAAACGGGCAAAAAUUCUAUUUAGUAUUCAGAAAUGUAUUAGAAUCACAUGUACAACUUAUUAUGUUUGCAUUGGGGGAGGAAUGAAUCAUCAAAAGAAACAAUAUAACAAUUCUCUGCUAUAGAGUUGCAAGGAUGCCUGACUUUAAACUAUUCACGCAUGCGUCCUUGGUGGACACAUGUGUGAAUGCGACGUAUUUAUCCACCACGUUAGUGUCACGAGUCUAUGGUGGCGACGUAUUCUUCUCUCACGUAAAAGUACACGACUGUCUCCUCUGGAAGGCAAUCCAUGGCACUAUCCACCUCCCAUAUCUAUUGUGACUAAGUUGACAGAUCUGUCUUCUCAUCAUAUAUCAAACUCAACGCAAACUCCGCCCCUCCUCAGAUCAGUCUGACGGGGAAACGAACGGGUUCAAGUCAGAAAAAAAACUUUCCUAACUGUUCCAGGAACUGAAAACAUAUAGCUAUGGUCAUAUCAACCACGAAGAAACCACAUUUAUUAGUUCACAGUUCUGGACAACGGGUUUCUGUGCUUCUGCUGGUAUGUUUUUUGACGUCAGCAUAUUUGGUUUUACCGACAUUGCUAACGGUGAGAAGAUUUGGUCCCCCCAGUCCUAAAGCUGCUCGCCCAAAUAAAUCAUCUGGAAUAUCAGCGUUUGACAUGGGAAUCAGUCAGGAGGAGUGGGAUAGACUACAGAAGGCUUUUGAUUGGCCUGGUCCAGAUCAUGAAAUCACUCAACUGAAUCUGACCACGAGUCCAGUCUACACAACAUUCUCUAUUUUAAGACUCAAUGACACUUACAAAAUAGGCGAUAAGAUCCGUGUUACCAUCACAGCCAGAGAUCACAUCAAGAACUUGAAAACAUAUGGAGGUGACUUUUUCCAAGUAAAGCUAUUCAACUUAAAAUUAAAGGCAAGUGUUUACGGGGAAGUUAUUGAUCAUCGUAAUGGAACAUACACUGUUGAUCUUCUGUUACCUUGGGAAGGACAAGGACAAGUGUCUGUACGUCUGAUGCACUCCAGUGAAGUUGUGCAGUUUUUUAAAAAGUACCGGGAGUCUUCAUUCCCACGCAACCACUAUUAUGGAUACUUUGUAGGACCAGGGCCCAAUGGAGUCAGGAUAAGUGAAAAAGUGGAAUGUAAUCUUAAAUGGGGCAAUGAUGGAAGUUGGAGUAAAGGCAACUGCUGCUGUGAAUAUAAGGAUGGAAAAUCUGAGACGGUGUGGCAGUGUGAGAGACCAAAACAACUUUACUGUGAUAACUGGGUUUAUCAUGAAAGAGGACCCUAUCAAAGUCCAUUAACUCCGUUAGAGAAGCAACUUAUCACAAGCAAAUUAACAAAUGUUGGGAUUCCUGGAGACACACGCAUUAUAAAUGUUCUUUCCAACUCUUCAAGUAUAGGUGAUGCAGAGAGAUGCAAAUCAGGUCUGACCACACCAGUUCCUGCAGGAUUCUAUUUCCAAGAUGUCUGGAAGUCUUUUGUAUGUAACACUAGAAGGUUUAGUCCUCCACAAAUGGCAGAUUGUCUUGCAAAUAAGAUUCUCUACACGAUGGGAGACUCCACCACAAGACAGUGGUUUGAGUUUUUUGAAAGAACUGUGCCAGGUCUGAAAAGAUUAAAUCUUCACACCAAUUCCCAGAAUGGACCUCUGAUGGCUCUAGAGAUGAAGAAAAAUAUAAUUAUUCACUGGAGGCCACAUGGACAUCCUCUUCAGUUUCGUAAAAUGCCAGCUGUUGAUCUGCAUUAUAUCAGCAAUGAAAUUGAUUAUAUAACUGGCGGCCGUCAUGCAGUUGUUGUCUUCACAAUAUUUGCCCAUCUGGUUGUUCAUCCGUUAACCUUUUAUGUGCAUCAAGUGGCCAAAAUUCGUCAAGCAGUAAUUCGUCUGCUGAAUCGUGCACCAGAGACUACUAUCAUUAUCAAGUCUGGAAACACUGGAUUAACAAAGAAUGAAUAUGGAAAUGACUGGUACAGGAUGCAGUUGAACACAGUGAUGAGCAAGAUGUUCAGUGAUAUUAAAGGAGUGGUCUAUAUGGAUGUCUGGCAGAUGACUUCAUGUCAUUACUCAAGGGAAGACAUUCAUCCAGCCAGUGUUAUCGUUGGCAAUGAGCUUGAUAUGUUGCUCUCACAUAUUUGCCCCUCCUGACACAUGCAAAGAUCCUAAGCAAACCAAUGCUUGAAGUGGGAAAAAAGUUCCGGUACUUUCUUUUACAAGUUGACAAAUGCAACUUAUUACAACAUUUUAAAAUUCUAGAAUUUUAAAAUAGAUGAAAUAAUUUUAAAACAUUGUUUGUGUUAUCCUAUAGAGCAGCGGUUCUCAAUCCUGGUCCUCGCGCCCAUAACACCUGCACGGUGUGGGCAUGCUCACCGGGAAUAAUUAUUUAAUUAUUAGAUAUUAUUUAUCAGAAUGAUCUUGCUUGUUCUAUAAACACCAUGCACUUAUUUUUCUGUUUUCUUCUUAUUGCACCUGUUAAUCUGCUUUGGAACCAUGCACAUUGUGAAAAGCACUAUAUAAAUAAACUUGAAUCGAAAUA